AUGGAGGAUGAAACUGUGAAUCAAGGAGCUCAUAAUGAAGCUCAUCAAGCUCCGGUUGAUCCGUUGGUUGAAAAUGUUACUCAUGCAGAGUGUAGGUCUACUAUCCAAUUGUUGGAUCAAGCCAUGACGGCUCAAGUCAAUAGAGAGGUUGUAGCUCCGAUGAAUCCUAAUGUGAAUUCGGCGGCUUCAAGGGUGAGAGAUUUUGCAAGAAUGAACCCCCUGGAAUUUUAUGGCUCAAAAUUGGAAGAGGACCCUCAAGAAUUUCUGGAUGAGGUUUACAAAAUACUUGCUAUUAUGGGGGUGACUUCGGUAGAGAAAGGGGAGUUAGCCACUUACCAAUUGAAAGGUGUUGCUCAAGUGUGGUAUGAUCAGUGGAAGGGAGAGAGACACGUAGGAGCGGGCCCGGUAGAAUGGGAAUUGUUCAGAUCGGUGUUCCUUGAUAAGUUAUUUCCCCUAGAGUUGAGGGAGGCAAAGAUGCAAAAGUUCAUUAACCUUCGUCAAGGAUGUAUGAGUGUGAAGGAGUAUGCUCUUAAGUUCAUCCAACUAUCCAAGUAUGCUACAACUAUAGUGGCGGACUCAAGGGCUAAGAUGGAUAAAUUUGUUAUGGGAGUGUCUGACUUGGUGAAAAGAGCUAGAAUCAGCGAGGGAAACUUCUCCAAUGCUAAGUCUGAUGGACAAGGUCAACCAAAGUUCAAACAAGGGUUUUCCAACCAAGGAUCCUCUAGUGUUCCAAGGGUUAACAAAGAUAGGGUUACCAACUCUAAACCUCAAGGAGUUAAUGGUAGUGGUUCUUAUGUUGCUAGAUCUACUUGUUCAAAGUGUGAAAGAAAGCAUGAGGGUAACUGCUUAGUUGGCACGGAUGGUUGUGGAAAAAGUGGUCACAAGAUGAGAGAUUUUCCUAUGUUUAUGGCUAUGGGAAGAGAGGGCAAGCAAGCUCCUCCUAGCGGUUCAAACUCCGAUGCUGCCAAGAGAAACUGCUUCUAUGCUCUCCAAACCUGA